AUGUCUGCCGAGGUGGCUGUAGUUCCAUCGGAGACAACAGUAUCUGGUGAUACUCCAAUUUCCGACUCUACCAGAACGAGAUUCAAAGCGCAAGGGAAGAAAAGAAAGCGAGCACCUAAGGCAUGCCUGUCAUAUCGCGCAAGAAAGGUGAGGUGCGAUGUAUCCCAACGGGGUCGGCCGUGCAUGAAUUGUUAUCUCGACAGUGAGAUGUGUGUCGCUACCAGCAGAGCUUCGAGACUGUCAGUUUUUGUUUCCAGGAUAUAUAUUCUCCUGCUGGGGAUCGUGGUCCACCUAAUUGGCGCCUUCAUCAGUCAACGUGCUCAGCACGACUGCGAGAGUUCUCAAGUCUCGUGCCCUUCUUUUGCUGCUCUGAAUACAUCCAAGAGGCCCUCAGCUGAGGAAGUCGUCAAGUCAAGGCCCGAUGGGCUCCCCAUGCUGAAUUUAGUAGAACAAAUUAAUAAUGUUGUGGACUUGGCCGGAAACGGGGCGCUUAUGAGUAACAAUGUGGACCAAGAUACGGAAACAGAAGCACAUGGUGAUAUCACCAAUGAAGGAGUAAGGUCAAAGAGACCAGGAGACGAAUUUCAGACAGCGGCACCUGCAUACGUGCGGCAGGGGCAUCACUACGCUGCCAUACCCAUCUUCUCUGCCACGACGCACCUCCUGCAACAUUCUAGGCAGAACACACUCAAGAGACUAUGGUGGUGCUGCAUCAUCCGUGGCCGCACACUGGGCCUGCUCAUGCGAAGACCUGUUCAGAUCAUGAGGGCCCAUUUCGACUUUGACGAGAACCCUACGCUUGAACUGGUCGGUUUGGCUGACGAAUUCGACAAGUCGAGGCUCUACCGGCCUGGAACCAAAAGGUUCCUGACCGAGAUUCUGGCACAGAUCGUCGAACUCUACGCCGUUUUGAUGUACAUUUCGAUGCUCGUCUUCCCGCUCGACGAUACCCCGGGUUGGGGCCGAGAAAUGAAGCCCGAGGACUCUGCACACGUUCGAGACUGUAGAUCCACCCUCAGGAGAUGCCGCCUGGUCCUCUGUCACCAUGAGGUUCUUCAUCUCGCCAUCCUACAGGUAGCACCGAGCGACAAGAACACCGUGUCAAGGGAUGUGUCCGUUAUAUACGAGAAUCAACACGAGCUGCAGGACGCUGCCUCGGGUGUCACUGAGUGCCUCAAGGAGUUUGUACAGCUCUGGCUUGCACGGUGGCUGCCUAUCUCGGCCGUUGCAUGCAUGACACUGCCCCUGGCGCUCAAUAUUCUAGAUGUGAAACUCUCGGCGAAUAAGAAAGAAAAGAACAAGACACUCGACUCAAACGUGGCAUCUGAUUCAAAACAGCACAGGCUCAACAUCCUCAUCGAGGCUAUGAGGACAUACCAACCUCAGUAUGACGGCGUUGACUGGGUCAGCGAGAUUGUUUGCCACAUUGCCUACCUGGCUCAGUUCGGCGGCAGGAACCAGGAGACUAGUGGGCUGCAGAAUGGAAUCAACGACUGGACCGACAUCAUUGCCUCUCAGCCGGGGUGGUAUCUCCGCCUGGCCCUGUCCCUGGACCUCAGUCUCAGCAAAAGCAGGCUGCCCGAGGACGGGGACUUUCCCGUCAGCCUCCGAGGACUGUUCACCGGGAGGUUCAGUCCGCUGAAGCCGCAUAUCGGUAGUACCUACGGGGUCAGUAAUAACGGCAAAAACUCUUCAUCAUUGAUAUAUCAGGGACGAGCUCGCAAUAGUGACCUGUCUGAUGAUUCUCAACCGUCAUCAUCGGAAUCACUCUCAGACUUGCAGAACCGCUCCCACAUGACAGUGACUGAAGCCCCUACGAGUACGAACACCCUUUCGUCCGAGGGACUGGGCAUGUUCGCCGUUGGCGAUUCAUCACCCAGCACAAGCAAUGAAUUUUGGGGGCUGUACAUGGACGGACUCUUGCCCGACAUACCGGAGCAAUGGAUUGAGAAUCUAUGG